CGGAAUGUAUUCAAUCAAACCCAUCUGGUAGAACUUCGCAGGAAUCUAUCCAUCCAAUCGGGAGAUUGCGACGAAAUCUAUAUAAAACGCCGUCGUCCUCGUGGCGAACUAGAUACCAAUCCGGCAACCAUCAAUCGCUGUCUCUCCGAUAAAUCAUAACCGUCAAUCACAGUCUCUCAAGCCUCCAAUAGAAAUGCAGGCUCGCUUCCUCUCCAAUACCACCUCCACCGAUUUCUCUGAAAAUCGCAGCAGCAGUAGCAGCAGCAGCAGCAGCAGUGAAAUGGCCAAAGAGACGGAGGCUCGUCGCCUCUGCUUUUCUGCUCCGUCUCCUUCCUACUGCGACGUCUGGAAAUGCCUUUGGAUUCCUCUCCUCCUCUCUUUCUCCAAAAAUCUCAGCACUACGAAGGCCCAAUCCAUCCUCCUCCCCUCCGAUUCCCGUCUCCGAUCUGACCGUCCGUCCUUCUGUCCCUCCCCCGAUCCCACCCUCUAUUUCCGCCCCGUUAUUGGCAUCCUGUCCCACCCCGGCGAUGGCGCUUCCGGACGGCUGAACAACUCCACUAACGCAUCUUACAUUGCCGCCUCCUACAUCAAGUUCGUUGAGUCGGCUGGGGCCCGCGUCAUUCCCCUCAUUUACAACGAGCCGCCGGAGGUUCUUGCCAAGAAGCUCAACCUGGUGAACGGUGUGCUAUUUACUGGUGGAUGGGCUAAAACUGGUUUAUACUAUGAGACUGUGCAGGAGAUUUUCAAGAAAACUAUAGAGAAAAAUGAAGCAGGAGAUCAUUUUCCUUUGGUUGCAAUCUGCUUAGGCUUUGAGCUCCUAAGCAUGAUCGUCAGCAAGGACAAGAACAUUCUUGAAUGGUUUAGUGCAACUGAUCAAGCAUCUACUCUUCAAUUCACAAAAAAUGCUAACAUUGAAGGAACUGUCUUCCAGAGAUUUUCUCCAGAAUUACUUAAAAAACUGAGUACAGAGUGUCUUGUCAUGCAAAACCAUCAUUAUGGUGUAUCUCCAAAAAGAUUCGAAGGUAAUCCCGCACUAUCAAGUUUCUUUAAAAUGUUAACAACAAGCGCUGAUACAAAUGAUAAGGUCUAUGUCUCUACCAUUCAAGCCCGCAACUAUCCUGUAACUGGCUUCCAGUGGCAUCCAGAGAAAAAUGCUUUUGAGUGGGGGCUGUCGAUGAUUCCACACAGUGAGGAUGCAGUUCAAGUGACUCAAAAUGUUGCCAACUUUUUCAUCAGCGAGGCUCGAAAGUCCUUAAAUAGGCCAUCUGCUAGAGAAGUGCUUGACAAUCUCAUUUACAAUUAUAGUCCUACUUACUGUGGGAAGGCUGGGAAGGGAUAUGAUGAGGUUUACAUUUUCACCUAAUCCUCUGCCAGAAUGCCUACCAAUCUAUAUGGUGUGCAUGUCAUGGUCGUCCAUAGCUUUCUUCACGAGGAAUUGUUUGAAGACUUAAUGUACAGUACCAGAAGCUGUGAUUGGAAAUAGUAGUAGUUUAUGUGUAAGAAUUGAAAAUUUGUAGCCAACCCUCGAGUUGGUAGGAAGCCCUUUGUAAAGAGGCUGAAGUCUCACUGAUGUACUCAUAUGGGUAUUCCUGAACUGAUAUGUCUAUCAUAAUGUAUUUUAUAAUAUUUAAGAGGUAAUUGAUAAGAUAA